AUGGAGAGCUACAAUCCCUCUGAGGAUCCUGGGCCAGCGUUCUGCGUUGGCCACCAUGAGCACAAUAGGCUGGUCACAGUGACCCCUCGGGUGAUUCAAAACGUACACGAAAGCAAUUAUGACAUGAUGACCGUCCCGAUUACGACAUCGCAUUUCCAUUCGCGUGUCCUGGGCUUAUUGUCCUCUUACUUGGCCAAUCUGCAGCCCGCAACCUAUGAUGCUGUGGGCACCAGAGCGACUACUCAGAACACUCGCCCGCUGGUCGUUCCAUCACUUUCCAAGGCAGACUCAUUCCUUACACCCAACGAUGCAACCAGUCAAUUGGUGGGAGUUACCAGCAGCUGGAUUGACUUGUGCUCACCCGAUCCAUUGAUCGCGGACUUGUCUCGCCAAGUUCUGAUGUUGGAGGUCGCAUACGCUGCCUUCUGUGGCAUUGGAUAUCUCUUGAUUCCUGGACCAAAGCUGCACCACGGUGCCUUGCAUUCCGAAGGUGUCAACUAUUAUGCUCGCGCAAUUCAAGAUGCACUGAAUCUUGGUCCCUACAUUCAAUUCCACAUCUGGCUGCAGAUGAUUGACAACCCAGAGGUCGAGGUUGAUACUAUGGGCGACCUAGCGCCUCUUGCUCGAGCGGAAUUCCAAGAGCCAGACGAGGGAAUCUCGCCGAAGGUAGAUCUAUUCGGUACCUGGGAUGCUUGGGAUAUGAUCAGGAAGACUUCCAAGUAUCACACAAGACUAUUUGUUGCCCUGUCUAUGCCCAAGCAGCUGCCAGUUCUUCCUGUACAAUCUCGGUGGCAUUCUGAGCCUGUACACUUGCUUACAAUUGAUGGAUCGGCGUUCCUCAAGAACCAAAAGGGAUACCCAGUCUUGUCUAAGUCACACCAAGCUUUCAUUGCAAAGAUGAUGCGCCUUCGGACUGCACCGUGGAUUCUUCUUUGCGGCGUUGGCCCUAUUCCUGGACUCGAAAAUGUCGAAGAUCCAGACAACCAGUCCGCAUCUGACUAUCCAAGUUUGUCACAAGCUAGCAAAAAGCACCACGACCCCACCCCGCACCUCUCUUACAUUCGUAAUCUGCAACAGCGCCAACCCCCGCGCACUGCGAUUGAGAGAUUUGGUGUGGGAUACCAGGACUAUCUGCAAGCACCUCUGCAGCCACUGACAGUGAAUCUGGAGAGCAUCACAUAUGAAGUUUUUGAAAAAGAUCCCAUCAAAUACGAGUGGUAUGAAAAGGCCAUUUGCAAGGCAUUGAAAGACUGGGCAGAACAGAAGAAGCCUACGUCUCACCCAGAUGGAAAAGUGGUACUUGCGGUUGUAGGAGCUGGCCGCGGCCCGCUUGUUACCCGUGCACUCAAGGCUAGUGCGGAAGCUGGAGUUGAGAUUGAUUUGUGGGCCGUGGAAAAGAACCAGAAUGCGUUUGUGUUGCUGCAGCGGCAUAAUGAAACCAUUUGGGAUGGCAAAGUCACCUUAGUUCAGUCAGACAUGCGUGCCUGGAAGGGCCCCCGCGUACAGAAGCAGCAAACUAAGGGCCCACAAGACCCCGUGGGAGAAUCUCUUGGCAUCCAGAGUUCAUUGCUCACAUCUUCAUUUGCUGAAGCUCAAGACUCGAACAUGUCCUACACCCAUGUUGAUAUCAUUGUUUCGGAGCUACUGGGCUCCUUUGCAGACAACGAACUCUCUCCAGAAUGCCUGGAUGGCGUGAACGAUCUGAUCAAUCCUGUGCAUGGAAUCUCCAUUCCAGCCUCAUACUCCGCCCACUUCACACCGGUCUCUGCCCCGAAAUUGCACUCUGAUGUUGUCCAUCAAACUGUGUCCAACCCGGCUGCCCCAGAGACGCCAUAUGUUGUGAUGCUACAUGCGAUUGACUUCCUCUCCACCACCGAUACCCCAGCUGCCAACGAGACCUCCACCAACGAUGGCAAUCGUGCAUCCACCCCAUCGACGUCAUUCUCCGCUACUGAGUUCCCUACUCCAUUUGUCCAGACUGCCUGGUCUUUCUCCCACCCGAAUCGACACAUCCCACCUCAGUCUCCCAUGCAGUCAACCAUCUCGAACGCACACAAUGUGCGACAGACCCGCCUGGCGUUCCCCUCUCAGACCCGAGGUGUAUGCCACGGUCUCGCGGGUUACUUCGAGACGGUGCUCUACGGAGACGUGGAGUUGUCUACUAACCCGGUGACCAUGGAUGCCAAGAGUGCCAGCAUGAUCAGCUGGUUCCCUAUAUACUUCCCAUUAAAGACUCCUCUCAAUGUCCCCGAAAAUGGCGAGAUUGUCGUCACAAUGUACCGCCAAACUGACGACCGCAAAGUCUGGUAUGAAUGGAUGAUUGAAGUUUAUGCUCUUGAACGCAAGCCCACUCCCGCGAGCGGCUCGCGGGCCGGAUCUCCCAGCGUGGAGAACUUGAAGUUCAAGGAAAAUACUGCCAAGCAAACUCGACCUGGCUAUCGCCGUGUGCGGGUCGGUAUGAGUGACCUGCACUCUAGCAUCAAGGAUGGAUGCUUAAUGUGA